CAUCGAUAUUUGCUCAUGACGUCGCUCAGCUGCGGAGGAAAAUUGGCAAAAGAAGUGAAAUUUCUCACAAAAAGUGCGUAAAAUGUACUAAAAUCUCAGCCCAAGUGGUCAGAAAAGGUGUUCCUCAGUGAUCAGCACGUGAAGCGCGUGGGAAAUGGAUGAUAAUCUGUGGCUGAUGGAGCUGGAGUCGGCGCUCCUGGACGACUGCACUGUGAACGACAUCUACUCAAUUUGCAAUGGGAAGACCAUUCCGGAGACUCUGCGGCCGGACGUGUGGCAAGUGUGCCUGGAUGUGCGCCACAAGAGCGACCAGCUGGUGUCCUUCAACGAGAUCUUCGACUUGCCAUUCCAACGCCAGCUCCGCGGAGAUUGCGAGGCUGUGGUGAAGCGCCUGGGCAAUGAUGACGAAGACAAAGUGUCUGUUGUCUCGGAUCUCGAGUCAAUCCUCACGUUCUACUGCAAGAAUCGCAGCCUCAAGUACGAGCAGGGCAACGGAUGGAUUGAAUUGCUACUCCCGUUGCUGUCCCUGAAACUCCGAAGGUCUGAUACUUACAAUCUCUUCGAAGCCAUCCGCGAUGCUUACAUCCCAAAGGGUUGCGUGAAGCAGGGCAACGUGUUCCACCUGUUCCGCCUACUCAUCCUCUAUCACGACCCUGAAUUGUGCUCCAUGCUGGACACGAAGCGCAUAACGCCCGAUCUCUACUCGCAGUCGUGGUUCCAGAGCCUCUUCGGUGCCACUUGUACGCUGCCGGUGGUUCUGUCGAUGUGGGAUUUGUACUUCCAGCAGGCCGAUCCGUACCUCGUGUUCUACCUCAGUCUCAUCAUGCUGGUGAAUGUGCGCGACAAGAUUCUGGCCAUGAAAGAUGAGUCCAAGGAGAAGAUUGUGGAGUACCUCAGCAACAUGCCGUGCGCCCUGGAGCCGGACGAUGUGGUGGACUUUUGCUCGCUGGCACAGUAUUAUGCCAUGAAGACGCCCUCAUCCUUCAAGACGGAUCUUCUGCAGACACUGUUUGGCGCCCAUGUGGAUUCUCCACUGGAUCCAAUUGUGGCUCAGGCGCUCUGUCUGCCAGUUUCUGUGUACGAGCUGGUAGACAAUGCGUCGAUGGAGACUCCCCAUCCGGAGGCCGUGCGCUUCUUCCUGGUGGACUGUCGUCCGGCUGAGCAGUAUAAUGUUGGCCACUUGUCCACGGCAUUUCAUCUGGACAGCAAUCUCAUGCUGCAAGAGCCCGUGGCAUUCGCCACUGCCGUCCAGGGUCUUCUAAGAGCUCAGCGCCAAUCGAUUGAGGCGAACUCCAACGCUGGCGGUGAACAUCUCUGCUUCAUGGGUUCUGGACGCGAUGAGGAAGACCAGUACACACACAUGGUGGUGGCAUCUUUCCUGCAGAAGAACACCAACUAUGUGUCACUCCUCACGGGCGGCUAUGCGGCCAUUCACGAGUACUUUGGCGACCACAUGAUCGACUGUCUGGAAGAUCACGAUGUGCACAGAUGCUUGGUCUGCUGCGGUAACUCUUCCCACGCGAGGAACAACAAUACAGCAAAGAAUUCCAGCAACACUUCGGCACAGACGUCUUCAACAUCACAGACACCUCAGGCGAAGAUCACGGCGGAUCUGUUCAGCAAGUGGGGCGCUUCGCUUAAGUCAAAAUCGGCCGAGGUGAAGGGUAAACUGUUUGAGUACAUCGUGAAUCCUGCGACGAGUGCCAACAGUGUCAAUGCCCCGAAUGUGGUGGAGAAGCACGUCUCGGCAUCUGAGAAGAAUGGCCGAAGAUAUCGAAAUGUCGCUCCGGUAUUCAGUAUUGACGAUGAGAGUGAAGAGCCAGCGCAUUCACCAACUGGAGAGGCGGAAUCCGUGCCUGUGGAUGAAACUGACGCCAAGGAGAUUGUCCAGUUGCAGGCCUUCCUCAAGCAACCGGACGUUAUCACGAGUUUCCGCUGCCAGGAAGUGCAGCUCAAUGGACGCAUGUUUGAUAGUCAUCUCAUCGUGACGAAGACACACUUGGUGGUGCUGCGCGACUUAGGAAAGGGGCAGAGUCAAGUGAUCGUGCGUCGUCAUCUGUCCAGCAUUGUUAAAAUCACCGCCAAGCGACGUCACAGAGACUUGAUCACAUUCAAAUACGGCGUGCCGGAUGGUGAGACACUGCUGAUCACGGACAUGGAUAGAUUUUUGAUUCCCAAUGCGAGCAAUGCCACAGAAAUCGUGUCGCGCCACAUCGUGCAACAGUUGGAAAAUAGCAAGAAUGCGUAGAAAUCCCUCUAACCAAUAUUUAUAUUUAAAAACCUCUGUGUAAACUACUUUUUGUUGAUUAUUUUAAAUAUUUUGUAUAAAUUAGAUGUUUUAUUUGAAUGAAGAAAGUUUCCUCCUAAGGUUUUUUGCUUCUCCAAUCAUUUAGUGCAAUAUUAAAAGGCCUAACAGAGAAUUAAUGUGUCUUCAGCGAAUUUCGGGUUUUCUAGUUGUGUGUGUGUUUUUUUUUAUAAGAUCGUGAAUUGGGUGUAUGAUUUUCGCGGGAAAUAUUCCGAAUAGC